AUGUUGAGAAAACAGACAAAACGACCUAGAGUUAUACCAUCCAAUGAAAGAAAGUAUUCAUCAAAAGCUUGCAAUAACUGUAGAAAAAAAAAAUAUAAAGUACGUUUUUUUUAAGGUUUUUGAUCCAAAAACUCAAACACUACUAACCGACCAACAAAGUGUAAUGGAGGUAAACCCUGUAUAACAUGUUCACGUAAAGGUUUAGAUUGUAUUUACCGUAUGAUUGAUGGUAGGUCAUUAAAGGGUAAAAAAAUAUCAUAUAAUAACGUCCAAAUUGAGCUGUCUACUAAACAAGCAUCUAACGAUAUUACUAAUUCUACUCAAAGAGAAGAUAUAAACUAUUCGCAUAUCACACUGCAUGAUUUGAAUAAAUCUAAAAUUCCUGCAAAUUUACAGCCAUUAUUGACUUUUUCUAGUUCUGUCGAACAAAAUAGCUCGCAAAGCCUCAAUGAAGACGACCCAAAGGGAUCAAACAUGACUGAUAUAGAAGGUUUGUCUCACCAAAAUGAUAAACAUAGUAGACUUCUCCUUAAUUCGGCGGGUAAUUUAAGGUAUUUCGGUGAAAGCAGCCCACUGUCGUUGCUACAAGAAUGUCGCUUUAUAUUUGCGAAGGUGAUUGGUAUUUCCAUGUUCACAGAUGACCCUUUGAAAGAGCACGUUCUCGAUGAACCCAACGAACUAACAAUGAAAAUUCCUGUUCAGCUACCUAAGCGACAGCUGUGUAAUGUUUUAGUGGACUUUUUUAAAAAGAACAUCAAUGAUACUUUUCAUGUUUUUGAUAUGAAAUACUUUAAGGAAAGCAUUAUCGAGAGGAUAUAUGAUAAUCCAGUAUGUGCGAAACAGUCUUGGAUGUGCUUAUUUUAUUUAGUUCUUGCCAUUGGUGCUCUUUUCGCCGAAUUAACACCUUCAUAUCAAGUCCAGGACCUUAAAGUAGUUAGCUCCGCGGAGUUUUUUCAUAGCUCUAUAAGUUUUAUGAGAAGUUUAAAGUAUGAUGUGAGCUUAUGGAUGGUUGAAGCAAAUUUCUUACGAUAUUUCUAUUACCAAUCUACUUGUCAGCGAAGUUCCUCUUGGGUGCAUUUGGGGCUUUCCAUAAGAUUAGCACAGGCUUUAGGCUUACACAGAAAGAUUAUAAAUGAAAAAUUCAAUGAUCCGCUUUAUGUUACGCAUAGAAGGAGAUUAUGGAGAAGUUUAUUUAUAUGUGAUAGGAUUUCGUCUAUUUCUCUCGGAAGGCCCUUAGGUGCUAAUGAUUAUGACUGGGAUGACCAAGGUAUAAAUUUUAUUGCUGAUCCUAAGGAAAAUUUUAGACUGAAAUGCCAAGUGGAAAUAUCCAAGGUUGCACAAAUUAAUGGUCGAAUUGUUGAAAAUAUUUACCGAGAUGGUAAAGUUAACAUGAAGCGUGCAAAUGAGUUAGCAAUAGAACUUAAAUCAUGGUCUUUGAAUUUACCGCAAGAAAUAGAUCUAGAUAGUACAUUGGAGAAAUUCAAAUCAGAGGAUAAUGAGGAUAAUAAUCUAUUGAUGAAUGUUCACAUGUCUCAAUUUUAUGGUAUUAUGUUGCUAUGUAGACCGUUUUUUAUGUAUGUAAUGGUGAAGAAGUUAAACUCAGAGACAAGCAGUGAAUUUAAACACGGUUCAUCGCUUCUUAAUUUUAGCAAAGGAUGCAUAAAAUCAUCAUUUUUGACAAUUAAGUUAAUCAAUUACUAUACGAAGAAUACGACUAACAUUUUGGAAACCUGCGCAGCUAUCAAUGGCUGUUUGUUUGCAUCUGCAAUUUUGGGAUUAACAUUGUUGGAACAGAUAAAACGGCGCCAACCCGACAAAGAAUAUAUAAAUGUUCUAUUUGAUACAUUGCAUAUUUCUAGAAAGAUGUUAUAUCUCUAUGGCAUGUUCAAUGCACUUUCUGAAAGAUGGGGAAAUAAAAUCGACGGCAUGCUCGCAGCCCUAUUGGAGAUACAAAAUUCAGUCAUGGAAACUUCAGAAACUAUAUCGGAUUCGGAUCAAACUGAUUUGGGAGCAUUUUAUAAAGAAAUCAUUUCAUUAGACAAUGAGGAGAUUAGUUCGAAUAAUUUAAGUAAUUUUCAGCAAAAUUUUGUUCCCUCAAAUACUGACAUGCGUUCUGAUACUUUCAUGUAUAGCGGAGAUGUGGCAGCAUUGAGAAAUAAUACUCAGUCAUUAGAUGUCUUUAUGUAUGAUUUUGGUAAAAUCAAUGCUUCAAAUAAUGCUGCGCAAAUUUGA